UCUAGGCUCAAACAAAACCUACGCGCCCUUGACGAGAUUGGAAAGCAAAAUGGCGGCAACCGUGCCUUCGGAACAACAGGUUUCGCUAAAUCUUCUGACUACGUACUGUCACAGAUUACUAGCAAGCAUGAUAAGGAGUUCAAAACAUGGAAACAGUACUUCAAUCAUACUUACGAGGAGACACGGGCCAUAUCAGUAACUGGUCCCAAUGGCGAAGAUGUCGACGUUCUUAGCCUCAUGUACAACAACGCAACUCCACUCCCCAAUGGUGUAACAGGUGAACUGGUUGCAGUUCCAGUGGAUGAUGCUCUUGGCUCAGGGUGUGUCGAGGAUCAGUGGGCGGGGCUGAACGUGACUGGUAAAUUAGCUCUCGUCAAGCGUGGCACCUGCAGUAUAUCGGACAAACUCAAGAUCGCCAAAAAGUUGGGUGCUUUGGGAGUUAUCCUCUUCCACAACACGAACGCUACUCCCAAUGCAGCCACCCUAGGUGCCGAGAAUAUCGGUCUUCUAGCCCCGGUCGGUCUUGUUUCGCUUGCUGUCGGAGAAGCAUGGCUAGCACGCAUAUCGGCUAACGAGACGCUCACUGUGACCCUGCUUGUCGAUUCUAUAUUCGAGCCACGAAAGUCUUGGAACGUGUUUGCUGAAACUCGCGAGGGUGAUCCAGAUAACGUCAUCAUGCUGGGAGCACACCUGGACUCCGUACAGGCUGGACCAGGUAUCAACGACGAUGGUUCUGGUGUCACUGCACAGAUCGAGAUCAUCAAAGCUUUGCGAGGCUUCCGUGGAAUCAAAAACAAAAUACGUCUUGCCUUCUGGGGCGCUGAAGAACCUGGCCUUGUCGGCUCACUUUACUAUACCGAACAUCUGACACCAUCCGAGGCGGACAAAAUCCGAUUCUAUUACAACUACGAUAUGAUUGGCUCUCCUGUCCCGGUAUAUGGAAUAUACGCAGGGGACAAUCCGGGCGACAAGGCCGGCGCGCAGCUUCUCCUCGACUACCUGGUUGCAAAAGGGAAGCCGGCGUACUUUGGCUCGUUUGGAACCGGCUCCGAUUACGUAGGGUUUUUGGAACUCGGCAUUCCCAGCUCUGGCAUUCACACGGGCGGUGGUGACCCGGCAGACCCUUGUUACCAUCUGGCAUGCGAUACAUACGACAACAUCAGCUGGGAGGCGCUUGAAGUGAACACGAAAGCAGCCGCAAGAGCUGCUGCUGCACUGGCACUGUCAGUGAAAGAUGUGCCUCCAAGAAACACGACAAGCGUCAACCCGAGAAGUGAGAACAGGAUUAGGGCACAAUUCACCACCUGGGAAGAAGUCAGACUUGAAGCUGCGGGAGGCCAUUCAUGCGCGCUGAAGACCAAGCGGACCGUCUGAGCGCACUGUGGUUAACAUGUAAUAAAUCAUCUCACUGCCUCAGAAAGUCCGUAUGUCUACUGAAGACGAUAGAAAUAUGAGUAUAGGCCAAAGCUUACAUAUGAGGAGUCCGCAACAGUAUGUUGUUCCUAAUGAUGUGAA